CGCGAACAGGCAUGCGCGAGCACGCGAUUCAGUGCGCAGUCGUCGGGGCUGGCAAGAAACUAUUCAGCAGCUGGCGGCUGCAGAGAUGCUACUCCAGGCCACGGACGUGAUUUUGGUCGCGGCCACGGCGGGUUUCCUCUUUUGCUGGCCGGUCAACUCAGCCGACAUGGGAUGGGACGCGGUGACCGUUAAGAACGGAAAGUGCCAGUACAAGGGCAGGGAAAUUCAGCGGGGUAGUCACGUGGACGUGGAGCACCCUUGCGAACGCUGGAAAUGUGAAGUCACUGAGAACCUGGUGCUGUUCUUGGGGUGCGGCUUUUCACAAGUGCAGGCGCCAUGUAAGGUCGUCAACGGAAGCGGGGUGUACCCGAAGUGCUGUCCCAAACCGGUGUGCCCAAGUCAUCAUGGCCGGUGAAUAAAGAUGUACAAACGAA